AUGAAAGGAUGCAGAGGAAAAGGAGGGGGAAAAGUGUUCCCGUUGUUGCCUACUUCCUUUCCACAAUCCUCUUCUCUUUCUUCCUUUCCUACGUGUACUAUUUUCCCAGUGAUUCACUAUCAUUUUUUCUUUUUCUUUUUUUUUUUUAAUGGUUAUUUGUUUUUUGUUCAUUCACAAGAAAAAAAUCAUUUUCUUGUUUUUUUUUCCGAUGUUGUUGCUGUUGUUAUUGUUAUUGUUAUUGUUAUUGUUGUUGUUUUGUUUUCGAGACAAUCCCUACGGAGAAUUAUCACACCUCUUUUUUUUCUUUUUUUUUUUGUAUCAUUUUUUUUGUUUUUACAACCUAAAUUAUUAAAGGAGUGUGUGUGUGUGUGUGUGUGGAAGGAGGAGAGGAGGAGAGGGGGAGAAAGAAAUAAAUAG